GUGAGCCUGUAGGACAAACAUUGCUAUUGUUUAUUAUAUGAUCUAAGGUUUAUAUGGUCAUAAAUGUAAUAUGGUUUAUUAAAAGUAUAGUGCAGUUUAAUAUAAGUAGUUAAAAUAAUUUCUAUACACUCAAAAACAAUGCCCAACUUUUGUGCUGUUGUUCAGUGUGGAAGUAGAAGCAAUAGGGAUAAGGUGUCUUUUUUUCGUUUUCCUUCGAUUUAUGAUAAUCGCAAAAGGAUUGAUCCCAGAAGAGAACGUAGACGUCAAGCGUGGGUCUUAGCCACAAGAGGGACCGAUCUAACAGAGAGCAAAUUAAAAUAUCAAAUGAUUUGUUCGAGACAUUUUUUGGAAGGUUAGUUUCGGAAACCUGCAACAUUAGAGGAGGAGUGUCAUCCUGAUUGGGUUCCCUCACAAAAUAUGGGUUACGGUGGAAAAAAGGUUACUGUCGAGCGGUACAAUAGACGAAAGAGACGUAUAAAAGAAGUAGCUGAUAGUCUGGAACCAUCCCAUGAUGUUGAAAUGCCUGAUUCAUCUACGACUCUUUCGCAAGAAGCGGUUGUCGAUAACCCACCAACUGGCAAUGUAGAGAUGGAAGUCGAAACGGAAGUAAGAGACGAUGAUUUGAAGUAUGGACUGCUAAAAGCAAAUGAGGAAAUAUAUAAACUUCGAAGUGAAUUAUCUACAUUUAAAUUUACAACAAGCGACAUGAAGAAUGAAGUAAAAUGUAAAUUUUAUACAGGGCUAUCAUUUGACACGUUACAAAUUGUUUUUGAACUCGUAGAACCCUACAUAAUAAUAAACCCUAACACGACUCUAUCCAAAUUUGAGCAACUUGUACUAACUUCAAUGAAAUUAAGAUUAAACUUAUUGUUUACAGAUUUAGGAUAUCGUUUUAAUAUAUCUCGUUCCACUUGUGGAAGAAUUUUUAAAAACGUUCUACAUGUAUUCUACAUUAAAUUAAAAUCAUUUGUGAAAUGGCCGGAACGAGAAUGUUUACAUUCAACAAUGCCCACAUGUUUUAAAGAAAAAUUUGGAAAUAAGGUUACCGUUAUAAUAGACUGCUUCGAGAUUUUUACCGAACAACCAAAAAAUAAACAAGCAUCAUCCCAACAUUUUUCACAUUAUAAGCACCAUCAUACUAUUAAGUAUUUUAUUGGCAUUUCUCCACAGGGUAGUGUUAUUUUUAUUUCAAAAGGGUUCACUGGUCGAAGCAGUGAUAAAUUUGUUACAGAAAAUUCUGGAUUUUUAAACAAUUUGCUUCCUGGUGAUCUUAUAUUGGCCGACAGGGGAUUUUUAAUUAAAGACAGUGUCAACUUUUACAUGGCAGAAGUGCAAAUGCCAGCAUUCUUAAAGGGAAAAAAGCAGUUGCACCCCAAAGAAGUAGAGGAGACACGUAAACUUGCCAAUGUGCGGAUACAUGUGGAAAGGGUAAUUGGGUUAUUACGCCAAAAAUACACUAUUACAUCAGGUAAAUUACCAAUAUUUAUGCUGCGCGCAAAACAUAAUAAUGUACAAACAAUAGAUAAAAUUCUUACAGUAUGUUGUGCUCUUAUAAAUUGUUGCCCUAGCGUUGUUCCGCAGUAGAUUGUAACAAAUAAACUCGCAAAUAAACA